CUCUCUCUCUCUCUCUCUCUCUCUCUCUCUCCGCCCCUCCAGAUCCUCCCUCCCCCUUAUCCUUCACCUCUUCUCCGUACUCUCAUCUGUCUCUCUUGUCUCUGUCGCUGCGUGUGUCAUGAUGAGGAGUGAGGUCGCUGUCUGUGCUCUCUCCCUGCUCCUGUCUCUGUCUCGGGGCUGGGCUCAGGGCCAAGCAGGAACCAACUACACCAGGCCCGUGUUCCACUGUGGAGGAGACCUGGUGGCAGACUCUGGCUUCCUGGGCAGUGAGGCGUUCCCCAGCCACUACAAACCCAACAGCAAAUGCGUCUGGCGCAUCACAGUCCCAGAAGGCAAUGUGGUCAUGCUCUCCUUCCGCAUUUUCGACCUGGAAGCCGACCCGCUCUGUCGCUAUGACUACCUGGACGUGUACAACGGGCAUUCCAACAUGGUGCAGAAGCUUGGGCGUUUCUGCGGGACCUUCCGCCCCGGCUCCCUGAUCUCCACCACCAACACCAUGAUGCUGGAGAUGGGCUCUGACGAGGGCAACGGGGGCCGCGGUUUCCUCACCUACUUUAACGGGGUCCGACCCCACGUGGACGAGGACCAGUAUUGUGGAGGUAAAAUGACCAAGUCCCAGGGUGAGAUCAAAACCCCCAACUGGCCCGACAACAACUACCCUGCAGGCAUCAGCUGCUCCUGGCUCAUCACGGUGGAACCCGACAGGGUCAUUGAGGUGAAGUUUGGAAAGUUUGACUUGGAGGCCGACUCCUACUGUCGUUUCGACUACGUGGCGUUCUUCAACGGCGGGGAGAAGGACAAUUCUCGGCGUAUAGGGAAGUUCUGCGGAGACGUCCCUCCUGCAACCAUCGUCACCAACGGCAACGUGCUCCUGGUGCAGUUCGCCUCGGACCUGAGCGUGACGUCCGACGGCUUCAUGGCGACCUACAGCAGCGUCGCCCGCGGCUCCCACGUCCCCACGAUGGACCGCGGCACGGGGCCCCGCCUGGACUCCGCUCCCUUCAAACCCGCCGAGAAACCCCAACGGCCGGCCCUCACCACCACCACCCUGCCGUCCACCACCACCACCACCCCCUACGUGGCCCCCAAACGCCAGCCUGAGAAGCCCAAGCCUGAACCAGUCAGGCCCCUGGGGCCAGACCCUCCCGGGGGGAAGAGGGUUGUGGUGAAGAGGCCAAACGGCCGGAGGACAGUCCCCCUGAACCCAAUGUGUGCCAAGGCCUGUAAGAGAGAUGGAACCAUCAAGAUCAGCUUCUGCGCCAGUGAAUUUGUGCUCACAGGGAAGGUGAUGGCCAUAACUCCAAGCCCUCAGGGCGGUUUCAGCGUCAGUGUGUCCAUCAUCAGGACCUACAAGGCAGGCAGACUGACCAUCACCCAGGCAGGAGAGGCCAUGUCGGUCAAACUGGCAUCAACGUGCAAGCAGUGUCCUCUACUGCGUAGAGGUAUGAACUACAUUAUCAUGGGUCAGGUGGAUAAGGACGGUCGCGGCACCUUAAACCCUGGAGCCUUCACCGCUCCAUACAAAGACCAACAUCACAAACUACUGAACAACAUCAACAACCAACCAUGCUAACCCAACGCUCAAACACACUGUUCGCCAGUCCGAGACCAGAAAGAAUACUGGCUUAUAAUUGCCAUGACAACCAAGGCCACGUCCCCCCCCCC